AUGUUCUUCUGCAUAUUAGUGCACGGGAAGGGAUAUCGGCAAGUGAAUAAAGUAUUCAACCACUCAUUCGAAACCAUCUGUCACUACGUGAAAGAGGUCCUACGCGCGGUGAUCGUGCUGUCAACGCGUUUGAUCCGACCGAGUCAUAACUACAACGAUAGUUUGUGGUCUCACAGACUCGAUUUAAACAAGCACCCACUGUUCCAAGACUGCAUUGAUGCCAUUAACGAGAUGCAUGUCAAAGUAGUAUUACCGUGGAACGAGCUUGUGCAUUUCAUAGGAAGAAAAGGAGCGCCUACCCCAAAAUGUGCUGGCCACAUGCGAUUUCAAUUUAUGUUUCACGUUUGUGUUAGCAGGGCACACCAGGAAUACGCACGAUGCUCGACAACAUGUGUGUGCCAUCCACUCGCUAGACAUUUAUUCUUGCUCCCAGGACUCGGAAAGUACUAUCUAGUGGACUUAAGAUUUGCGCAUCGGCUCGGGUACAUGGCCCCGUACAAAGGGGUGGAUGAGGCAUUCACGAGAGCGGACGAGGAUGAAGAUGCAGCCGAUGUUGAGCUGUCGAAUGCGGAUCACAAGAUGCAUGCCAAAAUGCAUGCACUGAAAUUGCAGCGCAAUGAGUGGGACAAAUUUCGUGACUACAUGGCCCAGCAGUUGUGA